CCGCGAGAGUCACUCUAAGCGAACAGACCGCCGUGGGUUGAGUUGGUUCAGUACACGAGAGGCAGGCCGAGAGUGCGAACGGGAGACUCGUGUCGCCGCGCCGAGCCGUGUGUGUCUGUGAGCCCGAGCCACGUUUCACUCCCUCGUUCGUUCGGACGGACCGUGUUGUUUUUUCACCCGCGUCAACCAUGUGCAUCGUGAAGAGAUAGACCGAGAUGAUGUUGCAAGGGCUGUCGAUCGCUACCAAGAUGUGGUUGGUGCUCAUUCUGCAUGUGGUGUGCGCCGCCGAGGCCAGACAUUACACCCAGCAGUGGUCUGUGCACAUCAGCGACGGAGACGCCGCCGACCAGAUCGCCCAAAAGCAUGGCUUCAUCAACAGAGGAAAGCUGUUCGACGACGUGUACAUUUUCGAGCACCCAGCCAUCACGAAGCGGUCGCUCUCGCCCAGCCAUGAGCACCACGCGCUGCUCACCAACGAACCGCAGGUGAUCCGGGCGCAGCAGCAGCGAGCCAAAUCGAGACAGAAACGUGACCUGCGACCCACAGUGCAGCUCAACGACUUCUACUGGAAGGAAAUGUGGUACCUGAAUCGCGGCAAGGGCUUGGACAUGAACGUGCAGCCCGCCUGGCAAGAUGGCAUCACUGGCAAAGGGGUGGUGGUGUCCAUCUUGGACGACGGAAUCGAGACAGACCACCCUGACCUCAUUAGAAAUUAUGACCCUCAAGCGAGCUACGACGUCAACAACCACGACGACGACCCCAUGCCGAGAUAUGACAUCCUGGACUCGAAUCGCCACGGGACCAGAUGCGCCGGCGAGGUGGCUGCCGUUGCAAACAACUCCAUGUGCUCCGUGGGGAUUGCCUUCGGGUCCAGCGUAGGAGGGGUGCGGAUGCUGGACGGCGACGUGACCGACGCCGUGGAGGCGCGCUCGCUCAGCCUCAACCCGCAGCACAUCGACAUCUACAGCGCCUCGUGGGGCCCUGACGACGACGGCAAAACCGUCGACGGGCCCGGAGAGCUCGCCAGACGUGCCUUCAUCGAGGGAGUGGCCAAGGGCCGCAGCGGCAAAGGUUCCAUUUUUGUGUGGGCGUCGGGCAACGGUGGCCGCGACCACGACAACUGCAACUGCGACGGCUACACCAACUCGAUCUGGACGUUGUCGAUCAGCAGCGCGACCGAAAACGGCCUGGUGCCGUGGUACUCGGAGGCGUGCAGCUCCACCCUGGCCACCACUUACAGCAGCGGGCUGGCCAACGAGCGGCAAAUCAUGACCACCGAUCUGCACCACCAGUGCACCACCAGCCACACGGGCACCUCGGCCUCGGCGCCGCUGGCCGCCGGCAUCUGCGCCCUGGCCCUCGAGGCCAACCGGAUGCUCACCUGGCGCGACAUGCAGCACAUCGUGGUGCGCACGGCUCGCUCUGAGAAUCUGCACGCCCCUGACUGGAAGACCAACGCUGUAGGCAGAAAUGUGAGCCACUCGUUUGGAUAUGGGUUAAUGGAUGCAGCGGCCAUGGUGAAAUUAGCAAAGAAGUGGGUGACAGUUCCGGAGCAGCAGCGCUGUGAAAUUAUUGCCAAGAACGCCGAGAAACUCAUCCCGGCCAAAAGUCAAGUGAAUAUCAAGCUGAGGGUCAGAGAGUGUCCCGGCGUCAAUUUCCUCGAGCAUGUGCAAGCGAAAAUCACGCUGACAACAAGCAGGAGGGGUGAUCUGCAAAUCCACCUCACUUCGCCCGGGGGCACGCGCUCAACCCUGCUGGACAGGCGGCGACUGGACGUGUCGCGGGCGGGCUUCAACCGGUGGCCCUUCAUGACGGUGCACAGCUGGGGUGAAACGCCCGUCGGCAUCUGGCAGCUCGAGAUCCACAACGAAGGCCGCUACUUAGGCCGCGCCGUUCUUCGCGAGUGGUCACUCGUGCUGCACGGCACCACCGACUCGCCCGACUCGACGUCCAAAAAGAAAAACCCUACCCUGACCCCCACGUCCCCAUCCUCUCCCAAGGUCAAGGUUGGCGGCGGUAACGUCGGCCAGCUGCAAAAGCAGCCGCGCAAAAAGGGCGGCAACCCCUCCAAGCAGGGGCGCAAGAGCACCAUCGUGCCGCCCAUGCCCUCCCUCCGACCCCGCACCACCCCCUACCCUCGGGCGUCCAGCGCCAAGCUGGGCCGCUUUCCUAGCACCACCCAGGCCCCCAGGCGCCAGGAAAUCAUUUACCCUGAGCUGGGCGGUCAGCAAUUUUCAGCCCACUCGCCCAACCUGACCUUUGGCAAACCCCUCUCCGCCCUUCUGUCCAAGUUCGUCUACCCCUCGUUCACGCGGCCCAAGGAAAGCAGACAAGGGCCCAAAAGCAGGCCACCUGAAAACAUUUACGCGGCCGCCCUCCGACCUGGCGGCGGCGGCGGUCUACCCACCAAAGGGCUCGACUUGCGUCAAGACCCACAGCAGAAAAACGCGCCAGCAGCCAACAAGGCAAACCUCUCAGCCUGGGAGCUGAGCCUGCACGGCACCUACGACCUUCCGGACGACGGCGGCCAGGGCCAUUUGCUGCACGACAGCCUGGAAGAAGAGCCGACUGAGAAGGAGGUCAAGCCGCUGGGCAACAACCUGAAAAACCGUGAGACACCGAGUCUGAAUGCAACGAGUCGGCCGACCAACUCGAGCCGCCUGCUGGUGACGGCCAAGCCGCGGCCUAUUGAGGAGGAGGCGCAGGUGGGGCCGGCGCGGCUGUCGCCCAACCUGACGAACAGUGCCGAAGGGUGCAUAAAUAGUGAAGCCAACAUGUGCUUAGAAUGCAUGGACACGUAUGUGGCGUACCAGGGCCAGUGUCUGCAAGAGUGUCCCAUGGACACGUUCAUCAGCCUGUCCAACAAAGGCAAACCAAACUGCCGAGAUUGUCACUACUCAUGUUCGCAGUGCAAAGGCCCUCUGAGCAGCCACUGCCUUGGUUGCCAUCCGGACGCCCGUCUUCGCCGGGACGGCACCUGCCUCCUGAUUGCCCUCGACCCGGUGGUCAACGAGGCGCGCUGGUACUACUGGCUGAUGAUAGCCUUUGUGGCCAACGUGGCCCUCAUCGGCGUGGCUGCUUUCAUCUUCAUCGCCGCCUGGUGGCAGAGCAGACACGUCAAGCACGAGUACGAGGGUCUGCAGCCCCCUCGGGAGUCCAUCCACACCGGCGUCUACCUCUCCAGCGACGAGGACUAAUUUUUUUGUAAUUAAAAAUUGCAGUACAAAUGUGAUCAAGCAAACUGUUAUUUUAAAAUUCCAAUAGGAGUUUUCCCAGGAAAAAAAAUAAUACUGGCUCAAAAAGUGGAUAUUAAUAAUUUUAAUUAAAAAAAGAAGAAAUGCAGAGAUUUCGAAAUGAUCAAUUUUUGUAAUCAAUUUUUAAAGAUGCAUAGCAACUUAUUGACUGAAAUUCAAAUACAACAAUUGUUACUUGCUCGACUGCCGCAGUGCCCUAGUCAGUCUGUGAUAAAUACCCAGCAGAAGAGUCGGCACUUCAAAGUUUGGCAUUUAAAAUUUUUGUAACUGAUUUCUAAGUUGCGAUGUGGGGUGGAUAAUGGGGUUUGGAAAUGGUGCAAACACACACAAAAGUGUUCCUUGGUAACGUGUGUAUAGAAUAUAUAUUUUGACAAUAAAAACAAGAUUACAAUGUAUAA